AUGGAUGAACGGGUUGUGUUGAAUGUAGGCGGCGUUCGGCAUGAAACAUAUCAAGCAACUCUGAAAAAAAUUCCAGCCACACGUCUCAGCAGGUAAAAUCUUCAUUAUAAAGAGAAAACGUCUAUUUUUUCACGCAGAUUGACUCCAUCAUUAGCUAAUUUCGACCCGCUUCUAAAUGAAUACUUUUUUGACAGACAUCCUGCCGUUUUCGCACAGGUCAAUUUUUAAACCAAGUGCGGUCUAUGAAAUGAGCAUCUGCAGGUAUUGAAUUACUACCGGACUGGAAAACUUCAUUACCCGACCGACGUCUGUGGUCCAUUAUUCGAAGAAGAGUUGCAAUACUGGGGACUUGACGCAUCUGACACGGAGCCGUGCUGUUGGAUGCAACUCCUCCACGCCAAGUCAGCCAUUUUUCUUUUUUUUUUCUUGUUCUGAUUUAUUGCGGGAUCAGGUUAGUUGUUCUCUCGGUGUUCUCUUGGAUUAGAAAGUCCUUCGGAGGUACUUCUUUGAAAUAUUCCGAAAAAGACAGAAUAUGAUGGCAAAAAUAAAGGGAGUUCAGAAUAUCAGUUUUCUCCAACGAGGUAUCUUUAUAACUCAAUGGAUAAAGCAUCAUCAAAAUUCAGAAUAAUCUCUUUUCAUUUCACAGGCUCUAUUCCUCAGUCUUUUUUUUUGAAAUCGCUCAGUCAACGCAAUUAUUCAAGAAAUUUUUCACAGAAAUAUGAUUUUUCAGGUCAUAAAAUAUCGGAGAGUUUCCUUCAGUUUUUUCUAUCUGGAAAAGUAAUUGAAUCAUGAUCAUUUCAAGGGACACACAAGAAACUCUAGCGGUUCUUGAUCGAAUGGACGUCGACCGUGAAGAUGACCCUCAAUUACGAGAACAAGAUACAAUGAAAAAAUUCGGCUGGGAAGAAGAUUUUUUUCAAGUAAAACCCUCCGAUUGUUCAUGAUGCACUCUAGUUUAUUAGGGAAAAAGAACGAAAUGGAUGUACUACAAACCGAGGAUAUGGGCUUUAUUCGACGAACCAUACAGCUCUAAAUUUGCAAAAGUAUCACGCUUUUAAAGUUUUCGCGAGAAGUCAGACUGUUUCAGAUAAUUGCUGGUAUAUCUGUUUGCUUCAUUUUUGUCUCUAUUUUUUCGUUUUGUUUGAAAACUCACCAAAGUUUUCGGAUUCCAGUUAUAAUUGCGUCAAACGUCACAUACAGGUUCAUUUUUUUAAUUUUCAAAAAAACUCAUAGAAGAAAUUUUUCAGAGGUGUUACCGUACCGAUGGUGGAAAGACAAGCUACCGAGCCUCUUUUGGUUUUUGGACAGGUUCUAUUUGAAAACCUUUUUUUAUGUGUUAAUAUGGUCCACCGCCGUUCAAUUUUUUUCAGUAUUAAGGUGGUGAAAAAGUUGGGAGGAUUGAAAUGUUCAGGAUCAUUCGUUAAAAUCUCUAGUUAGUUUUCAUUAAUUUUCAAAAGGUUAACACGGUAUGUGGACGGAGUGUUAGAUGUUUCACAUUGAACCUCGCUUUUCUUUUUAUUUUCGUUGUUCCUUUCAGAUUGAGCUGUUGUGCAACAUCUGGUUUACAUUUGAGCUGAUCGUCAGAUUUCUUUUCUGUCCCUCAAAAUCUCGGUUUUUCAAAAGUCCUCUGAACAUCAUCGACCUGGUUUGAAUUGAAUCACUUUCACAUGUGCAGUCUUGUAAUAUUCCUGUUCAGGUAGCGACUCUCUCUUUUUACGCCGACGCGAUGUUUGUCAGACUGAUUGAGGACGAGCCUAAAGAUGUGGUGGAGUUUCUGUCGAUGAUUAGGUCAGUUUGAGAAAAGAGUUCAUCAAGAAUACGUGAACGCAUCGACUUGAAAUGCCCUUUCUUGUUUUGCUCCAUAGAUCAUGUCACAUCAAGAGUCGCUCUUGUAUAAAUUAUUUUCUAAGACGUAAGAGGAAAAAAAUUGAAGCCACAAUAAAAAUAGAACACUGCUAUAAAUUCAGCAAUCGGACUUGUUUGUUUUUUUUUCUUUCACCGGUGAUAUUAUGAACCAUAAAAACAACAAACACAACAACUCGUCGAAUAAAAAGGAGAAACAGAAAAUCUAGACUUCUUCAAGUCUUGGUAUAGGCACGGCAGAUGAAAAAAUUUCAAUUGCCAAUAUAACCUUAAAACUGACUUCAAUAUAUUAAUUUAUAGAAUAUUUCGACUUUUCAAACUCACCCAGCAUCAUCAAGGACUGCAAAUUUUAAUUCACACUUUCCGCGCAAGUGCCAAGGAACUCAUUUUAUUGGUGAAAUAAAUUGUUUUUUCAUUUCAAUUACAUUUGUUUCAGGUGUUUUUUCUCAUAUUAGGCAUUGUCAUCUUUGCGGCUUUGGUUUAUUACGCGGAGAAGAUGGAAGUCAAUCCAAACAAUCAAUUCCAAUCGAUUCCAUUAGGGCUUUGGUGGGCCAUCUGUACCAUGACAACCGUGAGUUCAUUUCAAUGAUUCAGAAGAAGGAACUACUUUUUUUCAGGUGGGCUAUGGAGACAUGACCCCUCACACGUCUUUUGGAAGACUUGUUGGGUCUCUUUGCGCAGUCAUGGGUGUCUUGACCAUUGCUCUUCCUGUUCCGGUAUGGAUAAGCAUUACUUUCUUUUGACUUGUCAAAGAUUUCAGGUCAUCGUAUCUAACUUCGCUAUGUUUUAUUCACAUAAUCAAGCUCGAGACAAAUUGCCAAAAAGAAGGAGAAGAGUGUUACCAGUGGAACAGGUGCGGAAUGAAUUUUCGAAACUUUUCCGUCUUUUUUUGCAAAAAGUUUGUUCCAGAUGUUUAUAGGAUAUUUUUAUUAUCUUGAGAGUUAAUGUCUUUGACGAAAAGUGGAUCACCAACGGAAUUCCCUUGAAAAUGAAAUAGUUUAGAACUGUUCAGCUCAGUCUUGUCUAAGCAAGAUUUCUGUUAUUCCUUUCUUGCUAUUCUUUCUAAGCUUCGUAUAUUACAGAUCCGACUGCAAGCCAGACGGCACGCAGCUGUACUAGAACCUACCAACAGCUCAGGCGGCACAAGAAGAAACGCAAUGCCUAUUCUCAUAGGUUGGCUCUUCACAUUUCAUAUAACUCUAUUCAGUUCACACGUUUACAGACAGACAAAAUAGCGAUGAAGACGCUAAAAAAGGCGACAAAACAGAAGCUGAAGGUUCAAAUUCAUUUGGUACGCAUGUUGAAUUUUAACCUUGGCCUCAGUUUUUGUGUGUGACAAAAAAAAACUUGAAAUUUUCAUGCUCAGAAAUGUUAACUUUGAUAUUUUACUUUUUAUGGCUACGAUUUCUGAGACUCAAAAUGUUUUGAAAUGAAUGCUGCAUGCGCUGUUGAGCUUGUAAAUUCAUUUUUCCUGUCGUGAAAUUUAGAUUAGAUUAACUCUCUACUAAUCGCUUUAUAUUUAUCCUGUCUUACAGUAGGUUUUGUGGAUGAAACAAUGUUUACUUGAUACAUUUCUUUUCCUCAUUCCAGACUGAAGCUCAAAAAAGUUUGCAGGCUUCUGUGUAACCAAUGGAAAAACUCGGAUUAAAACCUUCAAAAAUCAAGUUUGGAAUCAGGAAGAAGAUUGGAUCUAGUAAUUCUAAUAAAAUCCAGAAAAAUACUGUAAGCCCAGGUUAUUUUCAUAUUCAAAUUAGGUAAAAUGGAAAUCUUCGGAUCUCUCAGAACAAACUGACGAGCAGAAGGAAUGAACUGCAUCCAAUCUCCCCUUCUUUCGACCUUCUUAUCUUUUCUUACUGUGAAAAUGUACAUUUAUGCUUCUUAUUUCUGAUCAUCGUUAAAAUGUAUGAGAAUAAGUAUUCCAGUUUCAGAAGUGAAACUUGCCAAUUCGAUCUAGUCAAGUUGUCCGUUAGCUGUGAACUAUCUUUUAUCACUGGAAAUUAUUUUUUUCUUUUUGUAAAAACUUUUAUGAAUUUUCAUUUUUGGUCGUAAGUGAGAAACUUUCAUGUUUAAUAAUUCCAAAAAAGAAAUUUUUCCUUUCAGAACAAUGCAAUUUUCAGAAAAGUCAUCCAGCGGCUCGAGUAGCAGACCACAAUUCGAAACUGUUGUCAAUCUUUCAAACCACGAGUCAAACAUUAUCAGUACAUCUCUUGUCCCAUGA